UCUCUCUCCCCUCUUCCUCCUUUCCUCUCCUUCCCCCUCACACCACCAAUCAGCACUCGCGCACACCGCCCACUCUUUCUCUCCCUACCUUUUCACGCCCGUUGCUUGCUCACGCUCCCCCCUCUCUCUCUCUACAUCUCUCUCCACCUCCCUUUCUCUCACUUCGCCGCCACUCCCCCAGUCUCUCUCUUCCUCCUCUCUAUCCACUCCUCACAGCUAGAUUCUAGAAGCCAACAAAAACAGACGGGGAGCAGAGCGCAGAGGGGACAAUCGUGCUCCGGAAAAGCAACCCUCAAGAGUAUCCACCUCCGCUCUCCCUUCUCUCUCUAGAUCUACGCAAGCCGCCUCGGUUUCCGCGAUCGCCGCCGCCGCUCGUGCUCCUGCCUCGUCCCACCGCGACGGCGCGGCGGCUGAUGCUCCCGUGCUGCUCCGCGGAGCUGGUGGUGCUGCGCUGUUAGCUGGUCCGGGAGUCCGAGACUCUGAACCCCGCGAGCGAGCGAUGGGGGCGGGGCGCGGCCGGCGCUUCCGGCCCGGGGUUCCGGUCCUCGUCCUGCUGCUGAUCGCCGCUGCGGCAUUGCCGCGCCGGGCGCUCGCGGUCACCGACGCCGCCGACGUUUCUGCUAUAAAUGGACUUUAUGUUGCACUUGAAUCACCAAAGCUGCCUGGAUGGUCUGCAAGUGGUGGAGAUCCCUGUGGUGAGAGUUGGCAGGGUGUCACAUGUACUGGCUCAAGUAUAACCUCAAUAGUUUUCAAUGCUGCGAAUUUAGGAGGACAGCUAGGCAGCCUGGGGAAAUUCACAUCAAUAACUGAAAUAAAUCUUAGCAACAAUAAUAUCGGUGGAACUAUACCGGAAGAUCUACCUGCCACACUGCAGAAUUUCUUUCUCUCAGAUAACCAACUCACUGGAAGCAUCCCAAUGUCAUUAUCAAACCUCCGCAGUCUAACAGCCAUGUCACUGAAUGGUAACCAUCUAGAUGGAAAAUUGCCAGAUGCAUUUGAUUCACUAACGGGACUUGUAAAUCUGGAUAUUUCUUCCAACAACUUCAGUGGUCCAUUACCACCUUCAUUGGGGAGCUUGACAUCACUGACUACAUUGCACAUGCAAGAUAAUCAACUAACUGGAACCCUUAAUGUGUUGCAGGAUCUCCCUCUCAAAGAUUUAAAUGUAGAGAAUAAUAUGUUCUCUGGGCCAAUUCCUCAAAAUCUGCUGAACAUACCAAAUUUCAAAAAUGAUGGGAAUCCAUUUAAUACCAGCACAACUCCCUCUACUUCACCCUCUUCGACACCUACUGGCUCUACACCAACAUCAACACCAACACAAACACCAUCAUCCUCUUCAGGAGCUCCUCCACCAUCUAGUACAGCGUCAAACUCCAGUGGAUCUACUGCACGAGAUAGCAGCUCUCCAUCAUCCAAGAAGCACAAGUCUUCAACCCUAAGAACUGUUGGAUAUGUUCUUCUUGCCAUCGUGCUAUUCAUAGUUAUAGUGCUGCUGGUGAUAUUUUGCCUGUCCAAGUACCAAGAGAGGCAAGAGAGACGUGAGUAUUCCACAAGUCAAUUAGGGAGGGUGCGUCAGAGGGUUGAGGAACCAAAAAUCAAGCAAGCUUCGGUGCAGUCAACAAACGAUGCCAAAAAAGGUUCAGCUGAAAAUCCUGAUAGAAAGAAGCCUCGUGAAAUAAAUUUAACAGUACCAGGUUCAGCUGAAAAUUCUGAUAGAAAGAAGCCUCGUGAAAUAAAUUUAACAGUACCAGCUGCCCUUGAGAAGCCUCCUGAAAAGAGAAAAGAGCAUGUAAUUAAUUUGGAGCGAACAGAAUCAGAGAUCUUUGCUACAGCACCUCCACCACCUCCACCUCCACCUCCACCUCCUCCUCCUCCCCUGCCGCCGCCGCUGCCACCAACACCAUCACCACCAUCACCACCUCCUGUUGAAAAAGUAACUGUAAAUCCCAUUGUCAGGCCAGAAAAAAGAGUUAGCACUCCGCCAAGGACUGGUCCCUCAACAUCUGCGACAUCCUUUUCUGUUGCAUCACUUCAGCAAUAUACAAAUAGCUUCGAGGAGCAAAAUUUGAUAAGGGAGAGUAGGUUGGGAAAAGUGUAUCUGGCAGAACUUCCUGAAGGCAAAUUACUGGAAGUUAUGAAGAUUGACAAUGCUAAUGGAAGAAUACCAGUAGAUGACUUUCUAGAGCUGGUUGCUCGUAUAUCAGAUAUUAGACACCCUAACAUUCUCGAGCUUGUUGGAUACUGUGCUGAGUAUGAACAGAGGUUACUUGUCUAUAACCACUUCAGUAGAAAAACACUACAUGAUGUACUGCAUGAAAGGGAAGAUCAAGAUGAUGCAUUAUCCUGGAAUGCUCGCCUCCAGGUUGCUCUUCAUGCAGCAAAAGCCUUAGAGUAUCUCCAUGACACCUGUGAACCUCCAGUAGUGCACCAGAAUUUUGAACCAGCCAACGUGCUCCUUGACAAUAGAUGCUCAGUACGUGUCGCUGAAUGUGGACUGGCAGAAUUGAUGUUGUCAGGUUCUGUUAUACAGCUCUCAGGUCGCAUGCGGGCUCUACUCAAUUAUGAAGCACCUGAAAUCCACGAAUCUGGGCCUUUUACCGAUCGAAGUGAUGUUUAUAGUUUUGGUGUGGUGAUGCUAGAACUUCUCACUGGCCGUAGACCAUAUGACAGUUCCCGUCCACGUGCUGAACAACAUCUUGUAAGAUGGGCUGGUUCUCAGCUUCAUGACAUUGAAUCCAUAUCAAAGAUGGUCGAUCCUGCUAUUCGAGGAGAGUGUUCUGAGAUACAGUUGUCACGUUUUGCAUACAUCAUCAGUCAAUGCAUUCAGACGGAACCGGAGUGCAGGCCGGCAAUGUCUGCAAUCGUCCAAUACCUAGCUAGGAUUGUAGAUGCUACUGGUGAGGAUUUGGAGUGACAAAUCAAGGAGGAACAGCAAGGCCAGCCAAUCAAGACGCACAGUGAAUACAUCUUGAGCACAAUGGUGGGGAACCCUAUCAGAAUUUUUCCUGGACGAGAUUAUCGGCUGAUGUACAUGUCAUUUUGGAGCCUCAUUUACUUUUGGAAAGAUGGUAGACUGUAGUAGUAGCAGUAGUAGUAUGGUACAACCAGAGAGAAGUGGCUUCGCAUUGUUAUUGAGCAGAUUCCUGUGCUCUGCUAGACAUUAUAAUUCCACCUGUAGGCAGUAUCUCUUGUAACUAAUUCUAUUUUUUAUUACUUUAUUACACUAUAGCUAGUUAUGUUAAAUAUGAUCCUUUUAGUAUGACUUGGACCUCAUCAUUCUCAGGGAGGGGGAAAACUGGCUUUGCUAA